AUGGUUUGCUGCACGGCGCAUCCGCAUCCGCGCAGCAAGAAUAAAAAACUCACCAGAAAAAUUGAGCGCGCGCAGCGUCCGCUGGGCCCGCGGCAUCCAGACCUGUUAGGAAAGCAUUAUCUCAACGGUUGUCCUGACACCUCGAUCCGCUUUCCGAGAACGCCUCCCGCUGCACCUCCCUUCCUCCCUUGUGCACUCCCCACAAUCGCCCGAUCGAUGCUCUGUUCUUGUCAAAGAGCAGAUCGAACAUCCCAUUUGACUGUCGUGUUCGUUGUUGCCGUUGCUCGCGGCACGACAAAUCGAAAUCGCCAGCACAAGAAUCAUUCCGCCUUGCAAUACGCACGCUAUUGCCAUAAGAGGCGUGCCAGAGAUGAAAAUUCUUGACAAAGUGGAAUUUCAAGACGAAUGUAAUCAGUUUCAAGCGUCGUAUGUCACCUUCCACGACGGUGAGAAUUAUUACAAAGCUCAGUCAUCGGUUCUUGUACCGGAGAAAAUAGACGAAUGCAACGUCGCGACGUUGAGCAGUGUCCUCAUUCCACAACAUCACAUCUUCCCGUUAUAUGACCACAAUCUCAGCGUCAGUCAAUCGCAUAUUGUCGAGACUGGAUAUGUGAAGAUACCGAAGCUAUUUCGCUACAACGCCAAUGAACCUGACAAGAUACCUGCUCGUUUCUUGUGCGAAGCGCAAGUGCUCGAGGCUUUGUCAAAGAGCCCGCAUCCCAACGUUGUGAGAUAUAUGGGCUGCGUAGUGAAGGAAAAUCGCGUAGUUGGUCUGUGUCUAGAGAGAUGCGUCGAAACUUUAUACCAACGAACUUGGUUAAAAAGAGAAAAAGUAGACAAUAUGAAAGUAGUUGAUAGUGUGCGACGUGGUGUAAGCCAUCUCCACCAGCUCGGAUACUGUCACAACGACAUCAGUCUCGAAAACAUCAUGUUUCGCGAAGACGAUUCGAUUACAAUAGUGGACUUUGACUCAUGUCAACGAACUGGAGACAGGUUGGGGUCGAAGAAAGGAACUCCGGGCUUCUGUGAUGAAGCCGCUACUAUGUCUAGGCCUGAGAACGACUUUUAUAGCCUCGGCAAGGUGGAGGCAUAUCUACGAACCGGUAAACUGUUUCCGUAGUGAGGCCGUUGUACUCACCGGCACAUUGCGAUACUUCGUAUCCGAAGAUAAGCGUCAACGUGUAAUCGCAUCCUCUGCCUCUGCGCAGACUCUGAUUUUUUCCCCACCUCCUCAUCCGCUUUGUUUCUACUGCGUGGCUCGUUGGCAAGUUGGACAACCAUUUGCGCGUCUCGAUACGUUCACAGCACGUCAAUACGCUUCAAAUCAAUGACGGCGCCACCGCAGGGGACUUUAUUUUCGUGGAGGUUGACAGAAUGUUGGAAAGAAGCGGAGAGAGGACCAGAAGGAAAAGCGAUAAUUGAGUUGCUGGGAAUGGUGGUCAGGAUAAAACGCAUCUGUCGAAAGCGGUUGCACUUGAGCUGGUCGAUGCGAUAAUCAGCGAUUUAACUGGUCUCGAUCCGAUGCUGGAGUCGCCAGCCAAAUGGGAUUUUGGCUUGCACAAGUAUGCCCGAGAGAGUGGGUCGCGCCCGCGUUCACGAUUUCCAUCUUGACAACACGACAUCGCUAGAGCCGUGCAAAAAGUACUCCUUUACUGGCUUCAACCUACUGUA